AUGAUCAAAUUCGCAAUUCUGAUGACCUUAUCUCUUGCGGUCUUUGCAGCAACACCAAAAGUAUUCAAAACAGAAUUUGUUGAGACCGAAGGUAGCGAGUACGGUUCAAGAGACGAAUAUAAUGAAUGCGAUGAACAAGUUAAAAUUGUCAAAGGCGAGAAAGGAGAAAAAGGUGAGAGAGGCUGUCAAGGUCCACCAGGUCCUCAAGGCCCAUGCGGUCCACAAGGCUGCCCUGGCCCAAAAGGAGAACAAGGUUGCAAAGGAGAUAAAGGAGAAAGAGGUUGCCAAGGUCUCCAAGGGCCAUGCGGCGAAAAAGGAGAGAGAGGAUGCCAAGGUCUACAAGGACCACAAGGCUGCAAAGGAGAUAAAGGAGAAAGAGGACCAAGAGGAGCUUCUGUAAAAUGCAUUGAAGUUGAUGACUGGGAUGAAAGCAACGAAUGCGAUGAAAAAUCUGUAAACUCAGUCAAAUCUUCUUACAGUGCAAGUGGACAAUGGAAUGCAGGACACUAA